CCCUGUCUUUGGUGCGUAAUGCUUGUGCGUCAAGGUUUUGCGCUUUGUUCCUUGUCGGCCAGUUCACUCCGCCUCGUUUCAGCCGUCGACCGGCGCAGCCAGAACAUUUCCGUCUUUCGCGCCGUGUGGUUCCUCAAAGAAGAAAUCCUGGGAGUAAUCUGUGGAAUAAUCUUCGUCUCAGUGGUUGGAUGAUGAUGAUGAUGAUGAUGAUGAAUUCGCGCACUUUGCUGCCCACUGUCCUGCUGCUCUUCGGUUUGGCGACAGUUUUCGCUCAGUCUUCCGCACCUAAACAUGUGUGUGAGACGAAGAACGGGACAAACUGUGAGGAAUGUCUGAAAAAUGUGACGUGCUUGUGGUGCAUCAAGACCAAGUCAUGUAUAACGUAUCCAGUGAAGACCAUCCUUCCACCACACGCUCUCUGCCCACUGAAUGAUGCUCGCUGGGGUCUCUGCUGGAUGAACUUCCAGGCCUUGAUCAUCACCUUGGCAGUGGUGGGCGGAGUCAUCAUCAUCGCCUUCCUCAUCUGCUUGUUCUGCUGCUGCAAGUGUGAGAACUUUGGGUGCUUGAGACUGAGAGAGAGUCAGAGGCAGGGUCAGCAUGUAGGGGCAGUGGAGAGAGUUCCAUUGCUGAUAUCCAAUAGGUUUGAGUCUAAAAUGGAGAGGCAAACUAACAAGACAAAAACCAAGCAGGAAGAAAGGAGGGCAGAGAUGAAACAAAGACAUGACGACAUCAGGAAAAAAUAUGGUCUCAGUGGACAAAACCCAUACUCCAAAUUUGCCUGAGUAUCAGACGAACACAAACCUCCAGAUUGUCUCACAUCUCACACACUGUCCAUUUUGUUGUGAGUGAAGACACAAUGACAUGAUCUGGGAAUGAAUGUAAACUAUAAUUAAUUAACUAAAUGUCCGAAACGUGACAGUAGUUUUGUAUAGACUUUUAGUUUUGAUGUAAACAGGAGUUUCAUCUAGUGAUGGAAGAGGCUGCGAACACAGCAGCAGUCUCAUUGUGUGGCUCCUAUUGUAAGUCAUACUUUUUAUGAGGUUGAAAUUCCCUGUGGAAAAGAAUCCUGUGUCUCUGCUUCAAAAUUCUUUCCUUUUUAUGUAUGCAAUCCUGUUGCACAUUUUCAGAGGAUCUGUCAGGCUGAUGUUGACAUAGAAAUGAUCUAUUUUUGUAACUGGUGUUGGACGCUGCUUUCAUUGUAGGGCUGCAACUAACGAUUAUUUUCUUGAUUAAUUGAGUACUUGUUUAGCCCGUAAAAUGUCAGACGAUGUUGAUCGGUGUUUACCAAACCUUGACGUGAUGAUGAUUCUCGAAUGUCUUGUUUGGUCCUCAAACCAAAAUGAUUCAGUUUUAAUGAUUUAUUUGUUAUAUAGGGCAAAGAAACCAGAGAAUUUUCACAUUUAACAAGCUGAAAAAUCAGAAAGCUUGUUUUUUAUUAUUGAAAAAUCACUCGGAGUAAUCGAUCAUCAAUAAUUGAUGAUUCAUUGAGAAUCUAUUAAUAAUCGAUGAAUUGAAUAAUCGCCGCAGCCCCUUUUCGUUGUGUUAAAGCUGUAUUCACUCAUAACAUUUCUUUUAAAUAUUACUUUCAGAUAAUUCAGUGACGUCAAAAUUAAAUCUUUGUCUUUGCACUCUGCAGUGAAAAGCUAGCAUUAACAUAUGUUGAAUGUGAAUGUGCUUGUACAAAACGUACAUCUGUGUUCUGUGAAAACACAAAUGGCUCCUUCUAUUAAUAAACAUUUAUAUAUAA